AGAGUGCCUCUGGUCCAGGGCGUUAGUGCGAGAUCCUCCACUAGGCGUUGAAGGCGCCCUUUAACAGAGCUAGCAGAGGGGUAGCUAAAGCAAACUAUUGUCAUUAACUCGUGACCGUAAGCCCGCCCGGUGACAUCGUACUUCAAAACAAGGAUGUAUCUCGACUUUAGAAAUGGAAUAGUUCGCCACAAUCAAAGAUCACGUGGAUAUGGAAAAGCUGUAGAAUCAGCAUAGUUGUCAAGUUCUUAUCUACUCAAAGAUGCUGUCACUUGUUGUCCUGCUGAUCCUGUUUCAACCAGGAGAGGGAGGCACCUCACCUAUCUCCUGUUACAAUGAUCAAGGGGAAGCUGUUGACUGGUUCUAUCUCUACAAACUCCCCCAUGUUGAUCGUGAAUUUCCCAACGAUGGACAGAGUUAUCUACUGAUGGACAAAGGGAGCGAGGGAUGGACGGAUGGAAAAGUGUUGGUGAAUGACAGCACUGGAGCCCUGGGGAGGACAGUGGGCCGGCUGUAUGAGCAGGGGAAGAAUGAAGACAUUGCAUACAUCCUCUACAAUGACCAGAGACCACCCGAGGAGGGAGAAAGAGGAUUUGGUUUCCUUAGUAGCCGAGGUGGCCACACUAAAGGUGUUGUCUUAUUGGACAAGACACAGGGCUACUGGUUGGUCCACAGCACCCCUCAUUUCCCCCCUGUAAAGGAAAUAGGGCAAUAUUCCUACCCAGGUAGUGGUGUACAGAACGGACAGAAUUUCAUCUGUGUGACCUACCCACUGGAACGCUUUCAGGCCAUUGGAGAGCAGUUGCAGAUCAACCAGCCCAAUGUGUAUGACUGUGGUGUCCCUGCUUCCUUGGCCUCUCUGGUGCCCGCACUGGCUGACGUCUGUAACAACAGCCAAGGGCAGAUGGCCUAUAGCAACUUACCGCACACCCAACCCGCAUCCAACCGCAGCGUGUCCCUCACCUCAUUGGGUGGAACCGAGUUCAUCAGCUUUGCUAAGGGGAGAUCAUUCAAUAAUGAUCUGUACCACUCCUGGGUGGCUCCCUCCCUCCAGUCAGACCUCCUAGUCCAGUUCUGGAUCCGCUCCACUGGCAUCCUGCCCUCUGACUGCUCCCUGGGCUGGAAGGUCCUGGACAUCCAGCUUAUCUCCCCAGGCGGGAGGACCACCUUCAAGGCCUCCAACGACCACUCCAAGUGGGCCGUGAGUACCACCGGGGGUGGGGUGGAUAGAGCUGCUGGCUGGGUGUGUGUGGGCGACAUCAACCGGAACGAGGCUGAGGAGAAGAGAGGGGGUGGGACAGUGUGCCUGCAGGACGCCACGGUGUGGAAGGCCUAUCGGACAGCGGCGCUGGAGUGUGAGAUGUGCGGGGGAGGGACUAGCGGGUGUGAUGUGGACGUAGAGGAUGCAAGGCAAUACCAGGGAGAUAUGAAGCAGUAAGCAUCAGUGUAAAGUUACUAGUAUGCACACAGUUCACUGAGCAGCUAGGUGUAUUAGUAUUAUUGAGCUCAAGGUACCCCUCAAGGUACCCCUCAAGGUACCCCAUAGAAUGUUGAUUAAUAAGGUACCAGCAUCUAAUUCACUUUUUUUAUGGCAGUUUUGGAGUGUUUCAUAAAUUGCCAUGAAUUGAAACAUAUUUGAAAGGGAAGUGGCACUCCUGUAAUAAUUCAACAAUGAGCACUUUGCUACAUUCUGUGUAGUUCUAUAAGUUGCUAAUGACUGUAGGAAAUGUUGAUUGUGAUCUCAGGUACAUUUUAUAUGCGUCUGUUUUCAACCUUUUAUUUUUUAUGUAGAAAUGUUUUUUUUUAAUGAUCGUUAAAGUAUGUAUAAUGUUUUUUCUUUAUUUCUCUUUGACUUUUUAGUCAAAUGUUUGGUGAUGUUUUCAGCUCUUAGCUUGAAACAGGCAAAGAUACUGUCUUCUGUCCCAAGAAAGAAAGUACUGUUGCGGGGUGCACAAAUAUUUUGCGUAAGGUUCUUCAUUAAACCUCCUCACCCACCAACAAGCCAGAUACUAAACCACAGUCUGAAUCUUUUAUAUGUACAUCUUUGUACAUUUAUUUGGUAAGAAAUGACACAGCAGAAUUACCGCACACAUCCGGGGAGUUGCAUAGAAAUUCCUCAUAUUACUGUCACGUCAAAAUGCAUAGAAAAAGGAAAUGGAUCGCACAAAAACAACAGGGCAUAUGUAGUGCAUAAACAUGCCAGCUUAUACAGCACUGUGAAUGUACAUCAUAUGUACUGUUACAUUCCAAUGCAUACAUCAGAGGCUUCAUGUCAAAUAGCACCCUAUUAAGCCCACUACUUUUGACCAGGUCCCAUAGGGCUCUGGUGAAAAGUAAUACACUAUAUAGGGAAUAGGGUGACAUUUGGGACACUUUAAGUGGUUCAAGCACCAAUGAGAGAAAGGCACUAAACAAUCAGUAGCUUAGCCUGGCGCUAACACUUCAUCAAAUUACGUUACCCAGAAUCCUCUCUCCUCUCCCUGGAACUACCGUAUCUAUGCUUCAGCCUUAGUAGAGACUUCAACAGCACUGGCCAGAGUUCACAAGAGUUCACCAGUUAGGGCCUCCGACAACGUGUCCCCCAUGCGCCCUUAUGUGUGCAGGUUUUCCUUCCUACUGGUCUCAUCCUCAUGGGAUAGAAGCAGAGCCUUCUGCAAAACCCGCUACAUUCAGUUCCUGGACUAAAGACAUUGCAUAAUGAAACCAUAAUAGCUGUCAGAUCUCUAUCAAAUGUCAGAGAAAAUAUCAAUUAAACAUCAUUCGGGGAUUGGUGAGAAUCCCUCACUAACCUCGCAUGGGUCUUUGAGGACUGACUUUGCGAGUCCUGGAUGAAAUACUCUUCAGACAGACUUCCAUUCCAGCUACCAACUAAACCCAUUCAGAGACCAUUGAUAAAGAUUAGCUUAUGCUGUAUUAGAAAAGUAUAGCAUUAAGGUGCGAUGGUAGACAUCUUUUCAAUACGCACAACAUAGUCUGGACUUUCAUUAGUGUCUUCACAUGAAUUGUUUAGGAUAGAGUUUGUGGUUUGAUGCUGUUAUGCCUAAUGGUUAGUACUCAUAAUAUGACUAUAUUCUGUAUGGGAGUGGCAAGGCUGUAUAUGUAAAUGUGUUGUAUUUUACACAAGAUACUACCAGAACUAUCAUUCAAUAUGUAUGCAGAAAGCCCAAGCGAAAUGAUCAUGUAUAUUUCUUUGACACGACUUGACCCAUUUGAAAUGGUUGCAGUUUGAGGCAAUUUCAUACAUUUCAUGUCACUUCACAAUGAAUAACAUGUCAUUCUGACACUUGUUGAUUGCUCCUUGGGAAUGUAAACACAAUCAUGACAUCGUCCAUACAUAAAAAAACAGAUGCAUACAUACAAAGCACAUAGUUAAAACAUUUUGAUGAGCCCCCGUGCUUUGCUAUAAUGAGAGGUUUCAGUGACUCUGUCUGUCAGUGCUCUCCCCAUCAUUCAUAUUCCUGCUUGUAUCCACUCUCUAUGGAGAAAUGUAAAACUUUGUUGUGGUCAUGGUCAAUUCAAAUAGGGUCAUAUCACCCAAACUUUGAUUUAAUGAAGUUCUCUACUACCAACUCAUUUCUAGGAUGGCACCUGAGGCACAUUCCUCAAAUACUCAAGAUGAUUUGGAUUCCUCAGUUGCUCUUGGUUACAAGGCUAUUCCAUUUGGUUAAAUAGGAAAUGAGAUGCCAAUGGUCAGAGAGACUUAAAAAACAGCAUAAUUCACCAUCUGUUUUGCAUUGGUCUUGUUCUAGGUGUAUAUUUCCAGUAGUAUGCAUUGCCAACAAGAGAGACAUGCACCCUUCUACACUAAUGGACUUUCCUGGUGUACACAAACAGGCAGAUAAGAAUACGUUCAUCAAACAAGUUCAGACAGGUUUCAGGAUGCAUUUUGCUAGAACAAGCUCGGUCAGAAUGUGUUUCCACUUCGAAAAAAGAUUAGGAAAGACAAGGCCACAUCUCACUGAGAUAUCUGCCUGCAUUCUUAUCGUGUCCUGUCCUUGAGAAGCACUAGCCAAAUUAUGUCUCAGAUAUAGCCUAUUUGGGAAAGAGCUGUCUCCGCCCCUUGGCUUUGAUUCGAGGAAAGGUGGCACUAGUUUCUGUGCUGAUUGGUAGAGAGCGAAAAGGGGUGUUUCCUCCUUGUCUGCGCAGCAGGAAGUCCACACUAGAGGAAGUCAUGGCAUAGAAGACGUUUCCUGUGGCAGGGAUGACCAACUCUACAGGGCAGAACAAGGAAAGUCAUGACUACAAUCAAUAUGAACAGAGAACUGUUAAAGGGAUUUCGUAUGGUCGGGUUGAGAAAUGUCUUUACCUUUUCCCUCGGGCAAUAGUUGGAUCAGCUCAUAUCUGGAUGCUUGUUUGGGGUCCUGACUGUGUUUUUCUAAGGCAGAACUGAUCACAGUGGGUGUCUUGUCAUUGCUUGUCACCUGAGGAAACAGAGAAGGACAAUGAUACCAGACAGCUUGACUCCUAGUUAUAAUAUCCUGUGUACAACCUGAGGAAAUGUUUUGGAUUACUAUCAUUAACGGAUAUUUGUGGAUUAAAGUAAAUAGUCAUGAGUGCAGGGUGCAGUGCAGUGUAUAAUUUGAAACCAAAAAAGGCAAAUAUCUCUAAUCAAAUCUCAACUCAACAUAUCAUUAUCUCAGCUCAGUACCAGUAUGCUUCUGUACAUAUUCCCAUCUUGUAAAUCCAUCCGUAUCCUGACGAUCCGCAUAUCAGGCUCAGACCCUUUGUUGUUAUUGGUGGGAUUGUUGCCACAGGAGACUGAUCGACGAUGUGAUUUAAUGGGAGUGGAUGGUGUCAAUGCAGACGGGAUGGGGUCAUUGGUGGGAGGGGAGGAGUCAACAUCCAGACAGGAAACUGAGGGGGAUUUCAUAUGCUGAAAUAAUAAUAGUGAUGAAAAUCAUUUAAAAAAACAUUAUACUUACUGAUAUGACAAGAUAAAAAGUGGCUGUUGCAUAAAGGCCAAAGCAAAUAAAAAGACACAGAAGAGAAUUAAAAGAUCAAAGCUUUUCCUCUUUUAAAAGUGCUCUUCUGUAUGUUUUUACGACAUUUGUUUUAAACCAAUCAUAUUUGAUUACUUAGCAAUACUUAGAAAUAACUACGAGUAUUUGCGCAUGAAUAGUAAUUGCAUGUUCUGCAAUUCUAGCUGGCAAUGCAAAUAUAGUUUUGGGAAAGUAUGUAAAAUAACUGGAAAUAUUAGGUCUUAUUUUGUAAUUACCUUGGUGAAUUUGGAAAGAAAGUGACAGACGGGGGAGGGGAAGUCAAAAAGACCGUCACUGUCAGCAACAAGGCUGGUCCUGGAGGAAUUCAGGCUGUAAGGAGGUGGGAGAAUCAUAUGUAUGUUCAUCAUGCACUGUAAUAUGCAUGACAACAACCUACAAAACAUCUUACUCAGCCCCUGAGAAAUACAUAGUAAAUGUACAAGCUUGGCUUUCAGCUCUUUCCAAUGUUGCAUGUUAAUUUACCAGCUCUUGCACUGUGUGAAGAUAUUUUUUAUGGAAAACAGUACGGAGGACUUACCCCCAGACCCCCCCCAAGUCAAUUUUCCACAACUGAUUACUUAUGGCCACAUUACUACAAAUUUGACAGUCAAAUAGUCAAGAUAGUCACUAUAUAUACAGGAUAUAGUAUGUGGACACCCCUUCAAAUUAGUGGAUUCGGCUAUUUUAGCCACACCCGUUGCUGACAGGUGUAUAAAAUCAAGUCAGUUCACCAAAUUUCUGUCCCGCUAGAGCUGCCCCGGUCAACUGUAAGUGCUGUUUUUGUGAAGUGGAAACAUCUAGGAGCAACAACGGCUCAGCAACGAAGUUGUAGGCCACACAAGCUUACAGAACCGGACUGCCAAGUGCUGAAAACACUUUGUCCUCGGUUGCAACACUCUCUGCCGAGUUCCAAACUGCCUCUGGAAGCAACGUCAGCACAAUAACUGUUCAUUGGGAGCUUCCUGAAAUGGGUUUCUUAAUCUUAAUGUUUUAGCACACAAUGACAUUCUAGACAAUUCUGUGCUUCCAACUUUGUGGCAACAGUUUUGGGAAGGCCCUUUCCUGUUUCAGCAUGACAAUGCCCCCGUGUACAAAGCGAGGUCCAUACAGAAAUGGUUUGUCGAGAUCAGUAUGGAAGAACUUGACUGGCCUGCACAGAGCCCUGAUCUCAACCCCAUUGAACACCUUUGGGAUGAAUUGGAGCGCCAACUGCGAGCCAGGCCUAAUCGCCCAACAUCAGUGCCCGACUUGUGGCUGAAUGGAAGCAAGUCCCCGCAGCAAUGUUCCUACAUCUAGUGGAAAGCCUUCCCAGAAGAGUGGUGGAUGUGAUAGCAGCAAAGGGGGGGGAGGACCAACUCCAUAUUAAUGCCCAUGAUUUUGGAAGGAGAUGUUUGACAAGCAGGUGUCCACAUACUUUUGGGUCAUGUAGUGUAGUAUAGUUCACAGAAAAUGCUGACUGGCCAUUCUUUUACAAUAGUACUGAGCCAUAUAACCAAUGUAUUUCACUAUACAUAGUGAAAGGUAUCUGCAGUGAAUACUACCGGCAUGUUGUGUGUAGAAUGUAAUAAUAGACCUCAUUACUUUGGGCACCGUGUGAUGAUGACUGUAGGGUUCUGGGUACGACCAGAGCUCAGUUCGCAUGGCACCUCAAUUUCAUUGGACAGUCUGUAACUGCAGACAUCAUGUAAUGUGAUUAGCGAUUCAUCAUAAUUGUAGAGUUCUGUUUGAAAUAACAUGUAUGUACAAACGUGAAUGUUUUGAUUGUAAAAUGAAUAAAAACCAAAAGAGAA